UCCUUCCUGCCGCUGCCGCCGGGGCCAUGGCGACCUGCUUGUGGUUUCGGAGCUGCAGCGCACGGCACCUCCGGCUGGCGCUUCACGACCGCGGCCUCUGCCCGGUCGCGGGCUACUGGGCGCCCGGCCAGGCCCCGCUCCGUGCCUACGUCCCUGGCCCGGACGGCCUUCCCACGACGCUGCUGCGCACCAACAGCUUCGUGGGCGGCCGCUGGCUCCCGGCUGCCGCCGCCUUCCCGGUGCUCGACCCGGCCAGCGGCGCCGAGCUGGGCCGGGUAGCUGACUGCGGGGCGCCCGAGGCCCACGCCGCGGUGCGCGCCGCCUACGAGGCUUUCUGCAGCUGGAGGGGCGUCUCGGCCAAGGAAAGGAGUUCAUUACUUCGGAAAUGGUAUGAUUUAAUGAUUCGACAUAAGGAUGACCUUGCCAAGAUAAUUACAGCUGAAAGUGGAAAGCCACUGAAGGAGGCACAGGGAGAAAUUCUGUAUUCCGCCCAUUUCCUGGAGUGGUUUUCAGAGGAAGCCCGCCGCAUUUAUGGAGACAUUAUCUAUCCCCCCGCAAAGGAAAAGCGGGCCCUGGUCCUCAAGCAGCCGCUUGGUGUGGCUGCAGUCAUCACCCCGUGGAAUUUCCCCAGCGCCAUGAUUACCCGGAAGGUGGGGGCUGCCCUGGCAGCCGGCUGCACCGUCGUGGUGAAACCUGCCGAAGACACGCCCUUCUCAGCCCUGGCUCUGGCCGAGAUACUGUUGCACCAUGCAGCCAACUCUGUGAAAAGGGUCUCCAUGGAGCUGGGUGGCCAUGCCCCAUUCAUUGUAUUUGACAGUGCCAAUGUUGACCAGGCUGUGGCAGGGGCCAUGGCAUCUAAAUUUAGGAACUCUGGACAGACUUGUGUUUGCUCAAACCGUUUCUUGGUGCAAAAGGGUAUCCAUGAUUCCUUUGUGAAAAAAUUUGCUGAGGCAAUUAAAACAAACCUGCAUGUGGGUAAUGGAUUUGAAGAGAAAACUACUCAAGGCCCAUUAAUUAACGAAAAAGCAGUAGAAAAGGUAGAGAAACACGUGAGUGACGCACUUUCCAAAGGGGCCACGGUUGUGACAGGCGGGAAGCGGCAUCAACUUGGAAAACAUUUCUUUGAGCCUACCCUGCUCAGCAAUGUCACCCAGGAUAUGCUCUGCGUUCAUGAGGAGACUUUCGGGCCUCUGGCACCAGUUAUCAAGUUCGACUCAGAGGAGGAGGCUGUGGCGAUUGCUAAUGCGACUGACGUUGGGUUAGCAGGUUAUUUUUACUCUCAAGACCCAGCCCAGAUCUGGCGGGUGGCAGAACGGCUGGAAGUUGGCAUGGUGGGCGUGAACGAAGGACUGAUCUCGUCUGUGGAGUGCCCGUUUGGCGGGGUGAAGCAGUCUGGCCUUGGGCGAGAGGGCUCCAAGUAUGGCAUUGAUGAGUAUCUGGAGCUCAAGUAUGUGUGUUUUGGAGGCUUGUAGGAUUCUUAGUUCUUUAAAAUAUAAAAAGGAAGCUUCCCUACAUAUAUGGGGACAUGCCAUCCAUUAUUUUAAAUAAACCUGUAGGGUAUCUGAAUUAUUAAUUUUUUAAAGUUCAUCUAGUCCUCCUAAUCUUAAGCAGAUGUGACUCCUACCCCUCCCCUUACCUAACAAGGGACGUGUAGGUGCCACGUACCUGUGGCUGCGGACUCCCCGGGAACCAGCACAGCGCCGUCUACCUCGAGCAAAGGGCAGCGGGAGACAGACUGACCCCAGUGGCCCCAUCACCAAGGCUGGUGCCUGCCUGGGCAUUGACUCAGCAUCUCUCAUGUGGCUGCGGCGCUUAGACCCAGAGGAGAGGGGACCUUCCUGCAGAGGAGAACCCGGAGUAUGACCGACAGGCUGGUCAGAGGGGCACAGCACUGAAGACACUUGCUAAGUAUUUGGAGUUGUUUGCUGAAUUCAUCAUUUUUAAGACUUCUGAAAUAGCACAGAAUUGCCGGUGCUUCGGUGAGGAAUGAAGGCACACCUCUCCCUGAUUCUGGACCAGUUUUUAAUAUUGAAGUCCUCAUCGUCCUAAAUUUACAGCUUAAAGAUCAUCUUUCCA